AUGGAGAAGCUCCUGUCCACAGAGAAGUUCCUUCCCCUGGAGAAGCUCCUGUCCACAGAGAAGUUCCUGUCCGAGGAGAAGUUCCUUUCCAAGGAGAAGUUCCUGUCCAAGGAGAAGUUCCUGGCCACUGGAGUGGCAAAGACCAGAAGGACCGCGGAUUUACAUCAGCUUUUGUACUAUCUCAUGUUUAUAUGGGCGGACGGCGACCUGGGCAUGUUUCGGCGUCUGAACCCCAGGCCUCAGAGGGAAAGAUCCCUAGCCUCGUGGGUUGUGACGCAGUUAAUGGGGUUUCUUGACGCUCUGUCUCUUAUUCACGGCUUUGGGAGCAAGGAUGGCGACUACUGUGACAAGUUCCUUUGGCGAGGAAGACAUGGAGACAUCAAACCAUCGAACAUCCUGAUUUUCCGUGGCGAAAGCUCUGGCACCCUCACACUAGCCGAUUUUAGGUUGUCAUCUUUCCACAAACCCGGCACCCCAGAUCACGAACAGGGCUCCCGAGUUUGCAUUGCCAGGCGACGGCAUAGGACAGAGGAGCGACAUAUGGAGUCUCGGAGCCAUCUUCAAUUGAGCCGCUUCACCGACGAUGUGCUCCGCGUCAUCCUUGACAAAAUGCUCGUCCUUAAAAGCACUCGAAGAUCUUCGGCCCACGACGUGCUUCACGAGCUCACCCGGAUCGAUCAGGUUGUGAAAAAUGACAGUUCGUGUAUCACAUCAAGGGAGACACGGGUUCUUGCCUUUGGUGAUGAGGGAUAUCGGGAUGCCUCUGGCCCUUUGAGCCCUUCCUACGAAGAUUACACAAAGUCUGGCCACGGCAACAGCCGGAAGCGCAAGAGCAAAAGCGACGUCACAAGCUCCAAUCAAACAACAGCAACAAACAGCAAGCGUCGUCACCAGCGAAAGCUUGCGUGCCCAUAUCUGAAGACAGGAUAUGCUCAGCAAUCAACCUUCGAUCGUAUGAAGAGAAAGCGCUCCGACAUGACGGAUGAGGGAAUGUGGUUCGAGAUCUACCAGAUCCUUUUCCCGUUAAAUGAGCUCCCCAAGUCUCCGUACCAUGAAGACCUCACCGUAUCUUCUCUCAGCACCAUCAGCACGCAGAGCUCGACCAGCAUCUCCGAGUACACAGGCCACCUCCGUCGCCCUAUGAGCGAGAAUGAACAACGGGCGCUCGGCGAGAAGCUCGGCAACGCCAUUGGCUUUUCGAACCCCGACCUUUGCAAGAUGCUAGCAGCCGCAUUCCGCGAGCAGCAGCUGAAGGACAUCGAAGAUUUUGACAGGCAGAAGCUCGGGCCGGUCUAUGGCAUACAGGUGGUGGACAACGAUACUCCCAAGGCCAAAGCGGCCGCCCUCGAGGCUCAUGUCGGCGGUGCUGGCGCUAGCAAUGGCAAGGACGGUGGUGACUUUGAGUGGUGGAUGAAGGGGCUCGCUGCGGGAGAGGCGACUUUGAGUGAUGGAUGGAGGGGCUCGCUGCGGGAGAGGCGACUUUGA